CCAUAUUGAUACAGGAGCGCCGAGUGGUGGUGGUGAGGGGGAAGCCGAGUGGUGGUGGUGGUGAGGAUGGUGGGGUGAUGGUGAACUGGUGAUGCUGGUGAUGCUGGUUUCUCGAUUGAAUAAGAGAGUUGUGUUACGGCAGUCCUGUAUAUCAGACGAGUUCUUCGUUUGCACGCGGCUGGCGGGCGGAAUGAAAGAAGAUUCGACAGUGGCCAUUCUACUCCUACAAGGCAGCGGUGGGAGAUGGGGUUGGAGGAGCUUCUGCUGCACUCCCAAUCUGCGUCAUUCUCAGAGAAGAGAUCCAGGACCUCCGUGGUCUUCGUAAUGCCCUCGGUCUACAUUCUGUGGAUGUUCAGAACCUGGCAAGCGGGGGGGUUCCUUUGGACCUAUUUGUGCUGCCAGCCUCAUCUGCCCACAAUGCUGCUACAACCGCCUGUUGGCUGCAUCUCUCAACAAAUGGAACGUUUGCGUCACAGCAUUGUCAACGUACUCGCAUGGGAUUUUAACGUAAAAAAAAAACAUCAGAAACACCUCAUGCUUUUUAAUUUACCCCCCCCUUUUUUACAUACAACAAUCGAUCAAUUGUACACUUGAAAGUCUGGGAGCGAAUUGUGAAUUGUGUGGACUGUUACAAUAGAGUGGGGAUCUGCUGCCAAAAUGAAAUAUGACAGUGCUGACCGUUGCAAACCCCGAAACAAAUAAAGCAACCGCUGCAAACAAUAGCACCGCUGAGAAACUCGAUGCCAGAUAUAUUUCGUGGAUACUCCCCUCUCAUGCAAAUUCACAUCGCUGUAUAUAUCGCUCUUCCAAUAUGGAUGUAAUGAAUUCCUUCAAAGGAUUAUUUUAACAAAAUGGGAUUCCAAUGCGGGGAUAACAAUUGCUAAUCAUGGAAGGCGUAGGCUUAAAACUACACUUGAAAGAUGAAUAUCUUCAAGACGUCGUGUGAAACUCUGGAGAUUAAAUGAAUACCGUUGGAGAAUCUGUCCUCACCGAUACUUGCUUAGAUAUUAGAACGUAGCGUGAGCGGCCCACCAAUGUGAGAGCUCCCAAACUUUUUUCCAACGCAACGUGAAGUGUUGGUGUGAAAUUAUCGAGAAAUGAGCACCGGCGGGUCACGCCGAGUGAGGAGGGUGCACGUGUUUGUGGGCGCCCCCAUCGUUAACCCCGAUUGUUGUGACAUGAGGAACAACGUGCCGGGGUCGUCAAGACCUCCAACGGGCUUCCAGGAAUUCCUGUGCACUUGGCAAAAAUCCACGUCGCAGCUCCUGCUGAAAUCCACCUUCAGUGGCAGUGGCCGCGGUGAUGGCAGGAUUCCAAUGUCGGCCUCUACAGCGGGAAGCGGCGCGACCGAGCAAAGGGUGGACCACGAUUGGGAGGAUGAGGGCGAGCCUUGCGUGAUGGACGGCUCCCAAGAACUCUUCGACCUGCAGCCGUCUCUCCAGGAGUACUUUGACAGCACGUUCCCCGGGCCGUGUGAUGACUUGACCCUCGGCAGCGCCGCUGCUGCCAACCAUCACAAGUGGUUCACGAAUCCAUCGGCGAGGACGUUGCAGGCUUCGGGGAGCCUCGCAAGCCAGUCCUCCGCCGACGACUAUUCCCAAGUAACCUUUCCUUCUCUUCUGACCCAGCAGCCGCCACUGGUUGCGGCAUCGGCCUCGGACCGGCUGCCGUCACCUCCUUCGUUGGCAAAAUGGAACGAGGAGCCCGGCGGCGGCGGUGGCGCCGGCACCGUCUGCGAGGAGCACCGGCGCGGUCGCCCCAGUGGCCGCGACGUCGCGUUCAAGCGUAGCCUCGGUGCCGAUGCCACAGAGCUCGGGCACACCUCGUGCAGCUUUGGCCUAGAGGAGCUAAGUUUCGAAGCGUUUGGAUCGGGGGUUCUGUGCUCACAGGUCGUGCUGCCGACCCCCAUGGCGCUCGAGAAGCACGGCGGAAAGGCGGCUCGGUUGAAACAACACUUGGUUAGGAAGAGGAAGUUGGAACAAGAGGUCAGAGGUCACGGCAAAGCCCUCAGAGGUGAAAAUAACAAAUUGGCGACUUGUGAAAAUGAGAAAGAUGCUUCCGUAAUUUUGAGUGGAAAUGAGAAAUGUGAGUUGGAAGCAUCCCACCCUUUAACCCAUCCCUCUUCUAUUGUUGAAACUAAAUAUGCUAUGGGGGGAGCAGGGGAAAUUAUAUCAGAAAAUCCACAAACACCAAUGCUGCCUUUGCCUGAAAUCAAUGAGUUUGAGCUUGCAAGUCAAGCCGAUUGGGUCGAAGAGGCAGUUUCAGCCACGGACCCAAAAACCGAACGGCCAAGAGAUGGCAAUGACAGUGAAGCACGGGCGCCGGCGCUGAUUGUCUCCGACCUGGGGAGGCUGCAGCAGCAGCAGCAGGAGAGGGCGACUCGGCUGCGGCGCGGCAACCCUCAAAUGCGCGCCGUCCACACCACCCCGCUCGCCGACUGCACCGGUGGCGGCGGCCGUGGCGGUCCCGGCAACGGCCGCGGCGGCAGCUUGGGCGCGAAGCGACGGAACGUGCUGGUGGCCAUGCUGGCCUGUCUGCCGGUGCAAGACGUGCGAGUGAAGAGGGGCGCCCUGGCGGGCUGCUCCGUGCCGGUGGCGGGCGUGGUGGCCACGGACCAGUCGUUGGCGAGCGCCAAGGUGGUGAUGUGGAGACUGGCGGCAUUCUGGGCCCUCCUGCUGGUGCCGGGCGACGUCGUCGUGCUCACAGACGUUUGCCCCCAUAUGGACACGUGGAGGCAGGAGGAGGUACUGCAGCUGAGCCCAGCGAGCCGUAUGCUCAAGCUCGGCCUGUGGCCACUGGUGCAAGCCUCCCACUGGCGGGAGGUGGUGGACGUGCGCAAGUUGGACGCCCUGCUGCGCUACCUGUCGGAGCGCCACCCGCACCUGGGAGUGGUGGGGCCUCGCCCGGGCCUGGCUCACACGUCGAGCGUGCGCUACCGCGACCCGCGCACCUCCGAGCCCGACUCCAUCCUCCAUUGCGUCGGCCGGGUUACCGGCGUCGUCACGCGCACAGAGUGGGACCCGUACACGCUGAACGGAAGAGCGCAGGCCGGCACGGAGCGACUGGUGGCCACCGCGAGGCUCCAACAGACCUCCAGGGUGGAGUACACCCUCCGGCUGACGGGGCAGGCCGCGUCGUGGGCCGGACACAUCCGCAGAGCGCCCCUUGACACCAUCUGGGCCUUCCACUACUUGGUGGUGCGCAAGGACCCGGCAGUCGCCACGGAGACGGAGCUGUGGAGCACGCCGCUCUCGUCGUGCGAGCGCCUGUUCCCCGACGACCCCAGAGCUGCCCUCUGCGCCGACCUCGUGCCCGAGGGAGCCGUCGCCCGGCCCUCCAGCCUGGCCAGCCUGCUCGCCGCUCACAUCACAGGCCGCGUGGAGGUGACGGCGCGCGUCGCGUCCCUGCUCUUCCUCCGCACCGACCGCCCGCCACGCGGACGGCAGCCCGAGGGUCAGGCGGAGCGGCCGCGAGACGGCGGCCCCCGCGCUCUCCGCGUCGACGCGACGACGCCGCUCGUCGCCGUGGCUACGGCGCUGCCGGGCCUGCUGCUGCGGGGCUGCGCGGGAUGCGGGCGCGAGCUGCGGGAGGACGCCCGCGGCGUCGUGGCGCCGUGCCUGCCCUGCGCGCCGCGGGCGACGCGCCUCUUCUACCCGCCGGCGGUGCUGUGCGUGACCGACGGAGUGGAGCGCGUGGAGGUGCGUGUGUCCCCUCGUACCGUGGAAAAGCUGCUUCUCAACAUCCCCCCCAGCUGGCUGCACAGACCUGCAGGCUACGGGUUGACGUUCUCUGACCUCGUGGCUGACCUCUGCUCGGCGCUGGUUCGCGGCACCGAGCGCUUCCGGCUGCUGCUGGCGUCGCUGUCCGAGUGCGAUGAGAACGACGUGGCAACACGUCGCUCCCUCACGCUGCUGCAGCUCUCGCUCGACACCACGCUCCUCCAGCCGUGAGCUCCUCCAGCCACAGCAGGGCACCGCUGCCGAAGACUUCCCGUCUCUCUCUCGUGGGAAUCUUUCAUCGCGGGACGAUGUCGAGGAUCGAAAAGAUAAAAAUGGAGACUUUGUUCAAAAGGGCCACGGAUGAGUUUAGGCCAGGACAUUCUCUAGGGUGAAGAUUAUCACCAUUGCGAAUUAAAUUUUAACAUCUUGAAAAUGAGGCUAUUUCUUAAUAUCCAAAGUGACAUUUUACGAAAUUUUUUUUAUUUAAGCACGUGGCCUUCACGUCUUGUAAUUGCCAGGACCCUCAAAUGAACCCCGAGCGUUCUCGGCCCGAACAGCCACAACGUAUGAAUUAGCAUGCAAAUGACGAAUGAAUUAAUGAUGACUCAAUCCUGCACCACGUUGGCUCUGCUGCACGUGGCUGGCUGCCUGCAACCCAGCACUGUGGGGGCCGCAGCGAGGGUUGGUGGACCGCCACAGAUUGCUUGUGAAGCUCCCUUCCUGUGGGCGUCGAGGAGGUGCCUUCUCCUGGCUCGCCAAGGAGAAGGCGGCACAGCGAGUGUGGAACUGAUCUCCAUCUGUUUCCAUCUGUACGAUGGAUAGUGCGUUACCCCCCCCCCCCCCCCCCCCACGUGUGGGUGUUCAAAGGGUGCUCCGGUUUCCACCCAUGUGUUUAACAAACGCUCAUCGUUAAUUGGCCGAUAACAUCCUUGAAAUAAAAAGAAACCCAAUGUGGCAGGACCCUCGU